AUGUAUGGUGCGGCAGCGGACACAAUCAUAGAAUUAAAGGCUUUUACAUAUACAAAAGGUGGUGCUAAAUAUUUGUUAAUAUCAAAACAUGAAAAUGAUAUUGUUCUCUAUUUUGCCGAUGACGGUGAAAGUAUUUGUGAUCUUAUCCUUGCAUCUUUGGAUAAAUUCAAAUAUACAGUUCGUAAGCACAACGUCUGUAUCGGGCGACCCCCAGAAGAAAGCAAAACAUUUAUUCUUGUUUUAACUCCAGAAAUGUUGGAAGAACUUGAAAUUCGACCAAAGCAUUUUUUAAAGAAAAUAGCGUCAGGUUCUGUUAAUCAAGCCUUAAUACAUCAUGACGUCAUUGAUAUUAAGAAUAAUAACACAAGACGAGUCUUGGAAUAUCAGUGUCCGGACAGUCUUACCUGGAAAUGCCUUAGCACUGGGAAAAACGACGAGGAGUUCAAAAUGACAUGUUUUCAGAUUUUUGCUUUGAUAGAUACGAAUUUCAAACCAUUCGAAGUUCCUACGCUAGUGAAUUUCAAACUGACACCAAAAGAGAUUUGGACGGCAAAAGACGAUGUUAUUAUUACCUUUAAGAAGUCAGUGAACGACAAGAAUAUGAAUGUUCGCCUGAGACACCGAUGUGGUCUUUCUAAUACAUUACGAUGUUUAAAACUAAAUGAAACAGCCUACAAAUUCAACCCAGAGGGGAUGCCGGAGGGUGAAAUUUUAGUUGAGGUUCUGGUUGAUGAUUCAUCCCUGGGAAAAACAUCGUUUGCAAUUCGUCCCAAAAUGCAACUGCUCUCAGAUCUCCUGGAUGACGUCAUAAACCCCAUAGAUUUCAUCUGUAAGACAAUGAAAACUGAAAACGCUGAAGCUUUAGAUCUGAUUUUAAGUGAAAAAUUUUCAAAUUUCAAAACUUACAGAAUUCCACUGAGUGGCCUAGAAAACGUGACUCAAGAGGAAAAUUCGAAAAUAUUUGCCAAUGCAUCGGAGUCUGAACUUCCUACUAUUCUCCAUUUUGCUGCAAAAUACGGUUUACGUCGGUUCUGCGAGACAUUGAUGAGGUAUCCUGGCUAUAAGGCCGCUAGGCUGAUAAAAAACAAAGAUGACAGAACUCCAAGUGAGAUUGCACUACUUGCAGGUCAUAGUGCUCUUUCAGAGCAAAUUCAGAAUACAGAGUGUGCUUCUGAUUAUGAAGAAAUAAGUAAGUAGAUUUUGAUCAUUUUGCUUUUU